ACCACGUUCCAAACUUUGUUGUGGAGAUCAGGAUCUGUUUACAAAGGGCCUUAAUUUUAAUGUCUAACGAUCGAUUACGGGAUCAUGCCAAAAGUUUCCCGCUCUUCAAUUCGAACCUCACUCUUUCACUCUCUCGCUCCCUCCCGAAGAGCGUCACUGUCUGCCAUCCAUGGCGCCCUUCUUCUUCCCCAAAACGAUAACUGAUCUCGAAGAGGAACCAGAGGACCGAAUCAGUCUGUUUGUUCAGCAUCCUGUCGACGUUGCCGUCUUGUCACCUUCCGAGCUCGAGGAGAUUGUCAAAGGCGUUGCCUUCGAUCUAUCGGACAAGGAAUUGUUCUGUGUCGAGGAGCAGGAGUUGUUCGAUCAGAUUUAUUCUUUCGUCAAGGGAUUCCCGCACCUCCUACCACCGUCAAAGAUAACCCUCGUUGAGAGCCUCCGGUCGAAUUUCAGCGUGCUGAUCCCGAACAUAUCCUGCCUGUCGCGGUCUCCUGAAGAAGCGGGAGCACUUUCCGCUCCCGACCGGUUGGCUUCUUAUCUCAACGCAUUCAAAAUCUACACUUACUUCCUGUUAUCCAUCGUCCUCAUCGAGGAGCUCGGUUCCGCGAACCAGGCUUCGCGGGCUCCUGCGUCUAGCCAUCAAAAGGGGAGGAAGAAGCAUGCGGCAGAGUCAUGGAACUGGGAACUACAACGAGGAAAAAUUAUUGGGUUGGUGGCCAAUUCUCUUGAGAUUGACCUUAAGUCAUUGUUUGGUACAUCGGAGUUGGAUGAAAAUUACUUAUCUUUCCUUGUCAGUUCGGCCUUCACUCUGUUCGAGAAUUCGGCAUUACUGAGGGAUGCAGAUGUAAAAGAUGCGCUUUGUAGGAUAGUUGGAAUUUGUGCUACUGGGUAUCACUAUACCAUGCAGUCAGCCGCGUCGAUAUUGCACAUGAUUCACAAGUUUGAUUUCCUUCCAACUCACAUGGCUGAUUUGGUAGGAUGGGCAGAGCACAAAUAUUCAGACGGCAGCCUUGCAGUUGCUUUGAUAAGGGAAAUUAGCCGAAUGAAUCCAAAGGAAUACUCGAGGGACACUUCUGGUGCCGACAACGUGGGAAGAUUCCUAACAGAACUUGCUGACAGGUUGCCAAAGCUUGUGGCUACGAAUGUUGGUAUGCUGGUACCCCACUUUGGAGGCGAGUCAUAUAAGAUUAGAAAUGGACUUAUUGGGGUACUCGGGAAGUUAAUUGCUAAGGCAUUCAAGGAUGUCGAUGGAGAUCCAACUGGAGUAGCACUUCGACUGCGUGGUAAGCAGGCAAUGCUGGAAAUCAUGCUGGAGAGGUGUAAAGAUAUUUCAGCAUAUACUCGAAGCAAAGUUCUUCAGGUAUGGGCAGAUCUUUGUGAAGAACAUGCAGUACCCAUUGGAUUGUGGAAUGAGGUUGCAGAGGUUGCUGUUGGGCGGCUUGAAGAUAAGUCUGCACUCGUGAGAAAAUCUGCACUGAAUCUACUGAUCACAAUGUUGCAGCACAAUCCAUUUGGACCACAGUUGCGAACUGCUUCAUUUGAAGGGACUCUGGAGAAAUACAAGAAAAGGCUUCAAGAACUAUUACCCAAUGGUUCUCCUGAGAGCAGUGAGGUUGAUGAUCCAGCUGAGAGGUGUACCCAGGAGGCAGACUCUCAAAAGGUUCAUGGGCAUGGAAUGGUUGAUCUUGUUGACAAUAAGAGCGACUACAACAUCUUAGAUGGUCUUCCUGAUAGCUGUGCACCUGCUGUUGAAGUAGGCAUUUCAGAUGAUUGUCUGCCAGAUGUUGGAAACUUGGAACAGACUCGUGCAUUGGUUGCUUCACUUGAGGCUGGACUGAGAUUCACGAAGUGCAUAUCAUCAAUCAUGCCGACUCUGGUUCAAUUGUUGGCUUCAUCGUCUGCUUCUGAUGUUGAGAAUGCCAUCCUUUUGUUGAUGAGAUGCAGACAAUUUCAGAUAGAGGGGGCAGAGGAGUCUCUACGAAAAAUGCUGCCACUGGUAUUUUCCCAAGAUAAAGCAAUUUACGAAGCUGUGAUUAGUGCAUUUAUCACAAUCUAUGUAAAGAAAAGCCCCAUGGAAACAGCUAGAAAUUUACUGAUUCUUGCCACAGACUCUAGUAUAGGUGAUCUUGCAGCUUUGGAAUGUGUCAUUAGUUCGUUAGUUUCAAAGGGGGAGAUUCCUUCAAGUACGAUAUCUUCUUUGUGGGAUUUCUUUAAUUUCAAUGUCAGUGGGGUAACUGCAGAACAAUGCCGUGGAGCACUGUCAAUUCUUUGCAUGGCUGCCAAAUCAUCACCAAAGAUCCUUGGGGUUCAUUUGCAAGAAAUUAUAGAUAUUGGCUUUGGACGCUGGGCAAAGGAGGAUCCUUUACUUGCAAGAACUGCAUGUGUUGCACUUCAGAGGCUUUCUGAAGAGGAUAAGGCGAAAAUAAUAUCUGGCGGUGGCAGGGUUUUUGGGGUUUUGCAGAAUAUAAUAAAUGGCUUUGCAUUACCAGAACACAUUUGGUAUGCAGCUGCAGACAAGGCCAUUGCUGCAAUAUAUUCUAUUCAUCCCAGACCUGAGAUCUUGGCUGCUGAAGUUGUUAAAAAGGCUCUGAAUCUUACUUUUCCUUGCAAUGGCACCAGUAAUGUAACUAAUGCUGAAAGUGGGAGUGGAAAUGACAACACCUCAAUAUCUGCGGUUAAAGUUACAAAACUUAGUAGAUUCCUUUUUAUUGUAAGCCAUGUAGCAUUGAGUCAGUUGGUUUACAUUGAGUCUUGCGUUAAGAAAGUCCAGAAACAAAAAAAGAAGAAAGAAACAUCUUCAAUUGAACAGCAGAACGACCCCAAUGGACAUGCAGAACCUUCUGCAGCACCCAAUAAAGAAAAUGCUAUCAAUCGUGAAUUGGGUCUUGCAGCCUCUGAUGAAGCUAGGCUCGAUUCUCUUUCUGAACAAGCUGAGAAGGAUAUUAUUUCAGGUCGUUCAACUGAUAAAAAUUUAAUUGGCCUUUGUGCUCCUCUUGUUGCAAAACUAUGUAGGAACUUUAACUUAAUGCAGCAGUACCCAGAGUUACAGGCUUCUGGUAUGCUGGCUCUCUGCAAGUUGAUGCUAAUUGAUGCUAACUUUUGUGAAGCAAAUCUGCAGCUUCUAUUCACUGUUGCUGAGAAUGCACCACUUGAAGCUGUUCGUUCCAAUUGUACGAUUGCUCUUGGAGAUUUGUCAGUGCGUUUUCCUAAUCUAUUAGAGCCAUGGACAGAGAACAUGUAUGGUCGGCUUCGUGAUCCUGCAGUAUCUGUUCGAAAGAAUGCUGUUCUUGUCCUUUCUCAUCUCAUUCUGAAUGACAUGAUGAAGGUAAAAGGUUACAUUAAUGAAAUGGCUGUUCGAUUAGAAGAUGUGGAUGACAGGAUCUCAAAUUUAGCCAAGUUAUUUUUUCAUGAAUUGUCAAAGAAGGGAAGCAAUCCUGUCUAUAAUUUACUGCCAGACAUUCUUGGCAGACUGUCGAACCAGAACUUGGCUGAAGAAACUUUUUGCAGCAUUAUGCAGUUCCUAAUUGGGUCAAUUAAAAAGGACAAGCAAAUGGAAGGUCUGGUUGAGAAGCUUUGUAAUAGGUUCUGUGGAACGACUGAUGUUAAACAAUGGGAAGGCAUAGCUUACUGCCUUUCACUGUUGACCCUAACAGAGAAAGGAAUCAAGAAACUUAUUGAGUCCUUUAAGAGCUAUGAACAUGCCUUAUCAGAAGAGUCUGUGGUUUCCCAUUUCAGAGUUAUCAUAAACAAGGCAAAGAAAUUUGCAAAGCCAGAGGUGAAAACGUGUGUUGAAGAGUUUGAGGAGAAGAUGAGCAAGCAUCACACAGAGAGGAAAGAGCAAGAGAUGACUGCUCAUAAUGCUUUGUUACAUCAACAGAAAGUGGAAAGCAUAGAAAAGCUGGUGGCCAAGAAGGGCACAAGGGAGGAUAUUCAUUUUGAUAUUGCCACAGGCGAAGUCAUCAAUCCUGACGUGGUAGCAUGCACUGCUGGAACUCCACUUAAUCAACACAAUCUACAUGACCACGAAACAAUGAAAUGCUCUGGAAGUUCAGGUGUGGUAACAGCAUCUGAAGAAGCAGGCUUGGAAGUCCAAUCACCGCUAUCUUCUCAUGAAGGAAUGUCAAAAGCAAAACUUAAUGCCGGCACAUGCCACACAGAAGUCAGAGAGAAAUGUGUUGCCUCUGCCCGCCAUGUCUCUACUACCAAGACAAAGAAAGUAAACAGAAGGUUGUGAUUGGUUUUGAUGCUCAAUCCUUAGCCGUUUGCCACUAGCAUCAAGGGUGUUAUGACUAUUGCUCUUUCCUGCAUCAGCGGUUUGGAGAUAGCAAGAUACAGUCUUACAGUGGCUUGAGCUGCAACUUCAGUUGGCUGUAUGGGCUCUGACAUUGAUUUUCAGAUUAAUAUUUCUCUAUCAAUGAGAUGAAGAAUAGGUAAUCGUGGAAUCUGCCAUCAGCAAUCAGAAGUCAUUCAUCUGUUCCCCAUGAGAAGAGAUCAAUGCUAUAAACAUGAAUGCAGAAGGUAAGCUGGUCACAUGCUGAGUUCUCCGUAGAGAACUUGCUAAACUCAUAUGUAGAAAUGUUUGUUUAUGAUUCUUCUUUAUCACCUAUUGUCACAAAAAACUUGUAUAUGUAUUAUACAGCGAUGAAUUUCUUGGGUAUAAUACUACAAAGUUGUAUA